UGUCAGAACCCUGCUACUAGAGCCUGGAUGUGGCUCUGAGUUUCAGGGUCACUGACAUUGAUAAGACACCUGCGUCCCAGGACUCGGAGGAGAAACGGCUGAUGGACUUGGCGGGGAAUUUGCGCGGGGUUUUACUGAGCGGGAAGAGACUGUUCAAAUGAGGGGGAGGGUAUAUAAAGGAGGGUUGGCCGGAGCCUCCCAUUCUUGGCUUUUCUGAUGUUCAUGUUUCCUACAGUAAAAGUUCCUGGCGAUACCACAAAGAGUCUCGUGUGUUCAUUCAGGAGCGGCUGUGGUGAGCUGACACUAAGCCAAGAAUACGGACACCAUCCCGCUGUAGCGGUGAGGUGUAACAUGCAAGUGGAGGAUGAAGAGCUCUUGGGCGCCGGAGGAGGAAGGUCGGAAAGGGCCACUCCCGAGACGGACGCUGAGUUCCACCAGCUGGCGGCCCUGGCGUCAUCCACCGCUUAUGCCCAGCCAAAUGGGGUAACCCAGAGGCGCGGAGUGGUGCGGGGAGAUAGCACCGGAGGAGAGGAAGGUUCACCUUCCCCAGGCCCGCAAAAGAUGGUGUUUCUGGAGGAGAGGAUGUCGGCGAUGGAGACCACCCUGGCAGUGAUGUCGAGGGCGAUGGAGCGCCUGGCGGUUUUGGCGGAGCCGGAGCGAGGAAGGGAACUCCGGGCUAGCUCAAUGUGGGACGUGAGCAUGGGAAGCAGCCAGGGCUUUGCAGACCUCCCAGCACCGAAGGGAAGGGAAAUGCGAGAGGAGCCCGGUGCCCGGCCCAAGAUCCAAACGAGCCUGACGCGGGUGGAGGAGAGUGACGACGAAGGGGAAAAGCCUCCGAGAAUCCCGGCUACGCUCCCAACUGAGACCCUGGUGCCCCUGGCGAAUGCCGGGCGUGGCACAGGACAAAGGGAAGCAGCAGCGGGGCCCACUGGCCCGCAAGGGGGCUUGCGACGGGCGGAGGAUUGGGGAUUGCCACCACAGGGACCCCUACCGAGACGAGAGGAACUAAGGAUCGAGUUUGGGGGAGAGUCCUCUGAACUGGAUUUUUUCCUGACCACGGUGAGGGGCUAUAUGGAGGACAAUGCCCACACUUUUAGAACGGAAUCCAGCCGGGUACGGGCCAUUGGUGCAGUGUUGAAGAGGGGAGCGGCCAGCUGGUACGUUCAACUACACGCGCGGCGCGACCCAUGUCUGGGGUCACUCCGACGCUUUAUGGGGGCCCUGGAGACCCGUUUCCGAGAUCCACUGGAGCAGAUCCGGGCGAGGGAGGAGUUGAAGACCGUCUCCCAGGGGCAGAGGUCGGUAUCUGAGUAUGCGGAGGAGUUCCAAUGCCUCGCUGAAAAGGUGCCGGAAUGGUCUGCAGUGACAAAGAUAGAACUCUUCAAAGAGGGGCUCAGGCGGGAGAUCCUCUCCUGGGCGGUGCAUCGUGAUGAGCCUGACACACUGCGCGGAUGGAUUCAGCUGGCGGGGCGCAUCGAGACAUCGCUGGCCCAGGCGAGGAGGCACCGAGGAGGGCUACAGCAGCGGCCGCAGAUGAAAGAGGGGAGCCGGAAGGAGGGAUCAACCCCAGCCGGGAGGAGAACGGAGCCGACAGGGAACGUGAGCACCAGCAGGAGGGGCUGCUUCGUGUGCGGCCGUUUGGGCCACAGGGCUGCCGAGUGCUGGCAGAGAAAAGGGGAAGGCGGAGGCCCGCCCAAACCAAGAGCCGUGGCAGGGAAACGCGCCGAGGAAGAACCACCGAUGAGGCACCACUCGGGGGGGUUGGACGAAGGGGAGGAGGACGCCAUGUCAGAACCCUGCUACUAGAGCCUGGAUGUGGCUCUGAGUUUCAGGGUCACUGACAUUGAUAAGACACCUGCGUCCCAGGACUCGGAGGAGAAACGGCUGAUGGACUUGGCGGGGAAUUUGCGCGGGGUUUUACUGAGCGGGAAGAGACUGUUCAAAUGAGGGGGAGGGUAUAUAAAGGAGGGUUGGCCGGAGCCUCCCAUUCUUGGCUUUUCUGAUGUUCAUGUUUCCUACAGUAAAAGUUCCUGGCGAUA